AUGCACUCCUGUGAGGCUUACCUUAGCGGCGUCAGCGCUAAGUGAUUACCAUUCUCAGAUGCGAUCAUGACCGAGGUCCGAGUUCUGUCAAACUAUGGUAGCGCGAUAAAAUUGCUCUGUGGACAAAAUAAAGACGCACUCGGCUUUAAGGUGAAGAAAGGUACCGGAGCACCUCGACUUGAAGAAAAGUUCCUUGUUGCAGCGAAACUAACCUCCAUCUCAUGCUGACCACUCCCAAUGUUGUCCGCACAUUAGGGUGGCAGGUGUUACGGAUACGUGAAACCCUCUGCAGCUACUGAUGGAACUGUGUCCGUAAGUGAGGCUUCCAAAAGCAUUCUCUUUCCAAUCUCUAUGUGAAAAGUCCCGUGAAAUUAGUUAACUUCGAAAAAUAAUUUGAUUGCGGAAAAAUAUUUUUAAACGAGACUUUAUGAUCGCUGAUGUCACUAGACUUUUGACACAUAUCCGCCUAAUCUCUCGAAUUUAUGAAUUGCGUUUCUUCUGCCUCCAAAGCUUUGGCGGAAGUCUUGUCUCUUUGAGCUUACUCGUCACUUUUUGAAUUGAUAUCGUUUUUGAAAGGUGGAGCUCAAGCACUUUUUCAUGGCUAAGUCUGAGAAAGCCUCGAACCUGACUCUUUGACGAGGUUCUACCUCGAUGCCGCGAGGACUAGAGUAUUUGAACUGACGUUGGGGUCUCACAGUGAGAUGUAGCCGCACGAAACUGUCUCUAUAGAUGAACACGGAACGGUAUUUUCAUGGAACCUGCAGAGAAUCACCAAAUUUUUCAGGCAAAGCAGAUUUCGCUUUCGGUCAAGGCCCACUACUUUGCGAGAUGACUACCGCGGAAAAACUUGCCUACCCGGCCAUUUGCCACCUGAAAGCCUGACGAGCUACUCUUUAAGGCCGAAUCGGACGUCUCACGCCUACGGGGUUUUUCCUCAUAUCUGACUAAAUUGGAAACUUUACAGCAUCUCGUCUGCGAAGUGUUCAACAAAUGUCAAAUGCCUUACGCCGGCAUGUGCAGACCGGAGGCCCGAAAAACAGGUGAUCUUUUUACAAAAUUAGUACGUUUUUGCAGAUACUCGCGGGGAAAAGUGGUCAACGUUCACGAAAGAGCACCUGAAGCUCUUUCAGCUUUUUCGUGGAAAAACAGGAUCUUCGCCUCAUCACGCAAUUUUAUCAGGCCGACCAUGCCCCAGGUAUAAACUCAGAGCGCAUUAUUCGACGCAAAAUAGCCUUUAAAUUACAUCUUUGAUUUUCGAAAAAGGUCAUGCGUUUUAUAACUCACAACUUGAUAACUAUCGCCGCUAUCUCGAUACUUGAAAAAUCCAAAAAGUUUGAAAAAGAAGUUUUAGAUAGUCGAGUUCAGAUAGAGGUCAUCGCAUUUUGAAGGAGGUUUGGCUUUUUAAAGUUUUAUAAAAAUGAUCUUUUACAGACGAAUCCGGUGACAACGCAGCAUUUGAGAUUGAGCUGAAAACAAGGAAGCGAUGCAGCUGAGCACUGAACUGAAGUGAAUCUUUGUCUUGUCUAUUGAAGCCCAGAGGUCACACUGGGAAUGGCUCCAUGCACACCGAGUCCUUUGAAAGAACGUCCGACCAGAAUCGGCUUUGGGCGAUGAGAAAUCAAGGAGCCAUUUCCAAUGCGAUCAUGCUGUUUUUAGUCGUGGAAAACUUCAUACUUCCUCAGCUUAGUAUUUAAAUAGGGUAGGAGACAUGAAAAUUCUUUUUGAUUGAAAAAGCCAAAAAAAAAUCAUAUUUUUCGAGCCAACAUCUUUUACAGGAAGUCUUUGAGAGACUCGAACCAAGUUCAGCGGCCUCAGUCACCGCCUGUCGAUGUCGCUGUACAGCAAGCCCGGAAAUAA